AUGGAGACACACGAACUGCGCCGCACUGGCUCUGCUUCCGUCCUCGCCGCCCACCCCACUCGACGAAGUUCAGUUGCCGAGUCGCCCCUCGCUGAUUUGCUGGACCCGGCGACGAGUACGAAUGGCUUUCCUGAACAGCAGAUACGCAUGCGCGGGGCGGCCAGCGCGACAGACCAGAAGAACGACACACUCGACACCCCUUCGGCUCCCGGACCUCCCCCUCAGCCAACUGCUCAGCAGAAGACACAGGGUUCGAAGAACAGGAAGCGGUGGGGCGGACUGGUGUGGGAACUCGAGAACAAGGGCGCGGUCGCACGGGAUCACUUGGCGGGAGAGAGGACGUUCCUUGCUUGGCUGAGGACGAGUCUGGCGCUGGCGAGCAUAGGCAUCGCCAUCACCCAGCUCUUCCGCCUUCCCUCCGCCUCGACCACAACCAAAUCAGCAACACCCACCUCCCUCCCCUCUUCCGCCGCCCAACUGUCAUCCGCCCUCUCCGCCCUCGCGACUGCCGAUCCAUCUCUCGCAACCUCGAUCGUGCCCAUCCUGCGAGCGCAGCAGGCGCAGAUAGAUGCGGCGCAGGCGAUGGUACAGGACUCCACGAAGUAUCGCAAGCUGGGCAAACCGAUCGGCGGCACCUUCAUCAUGCUCGCCUUGCUAUUCCUUCUUCUCGGCAUCCACCGCUAUUUUGCAAUCCAGCUCGCCCUGAUGCGAGAACCCAGCCAGUUCCCUCCAUCAAGACGAAGCGUCGGGCUCGGGUCCUUCUGCGUAGGCGCACUCAUUCUCGCGACGUUCAUCUCUAUUCUUGCAACGCAGUGA